AGUCAGCCUACUACAACAACUUAUUUAACUCAGUUUCAACAUUUGAUUUUCCUGUUGUUUGGCAAUUAUAAGCCAGUUGUUGCAGAAAUCGAACUACUCAUGGACAUAUAUGCUGAACGAAGGAAGCGUAGGAAAACUAUUUUACAAGAACGAAAAAGACAACGUUCAGCUACUAAUGACAACUUACAGUGUAUCUCACAAUGUAGUCCAACCAUUAACCAUAAUAAUAACCCUACUACAAGCUUCCAAUCUACACCACCAUCACACGGGACUUUAUCUAUAAAUGAUUCUGAACGUUACUCAAAAAGACAUACAGUCAAUGUUUCUUGCAUCCAGAGAAAUUUGAUGUCAUCUUUUGAGCAUAAAAAAAAUAGAACAACUGCUUCUACAUCCACAUGCCAAGGUAGUAAUCCUUAUUCCAAUAUGACACAGUCAGACAUUCAUAGAGAUAAACAUGAGAGAGCAACUAACACUACACAGCAUAAUCAAUUUGUCGCCCAUGAUAGCUCACAUUCCACCGAUAAUGAUGCAGUUGUUGCAGAAAUCAAACUACUCAUGGACAAAUAUGCUGAAAGAAGGAAGCGUAGGCAAAGUAUUUUACAAGAACGGAAAAAACAACGUUCAGCUACUAAUGAAAACUUGCAGUCUAACUCACAAUGUAGUGCAACCAUUAACGAUAAUAAUAACCCCGCUACAAGCUUCCAAUGUACACCACCAUCACACAAAACUUUAUUUAUGAAUGAUUCUAGACAUUGCUCAAAAAGACAUACAAUCAAUGUUUCUUCCAUCCAGAGAAAUUUGAUGUCAUCUUAUGACAAUCAAAAAAAUAUAACAACUGCUUUUACAUCCACAUGCCAAGCCAGUAAUACUUAUUCCAAUAUGACACAGUUGGACAUUCACAGAGAUGAACAUCAGACACCAAUUAACACUACACAGGAUGAUUAAUUUGUCGGCGAUGACAACUCAGAUUCCACUGAUGAUGAUGUAAAUAUGACACAGGAAAACAUUGAUAUAGGAUGCAUGAUAUGCUUGAUGAACAGAUUAUCAUUGCAAUCAAAGACAUGCUUGAUCAUCACAAUCACUAUGCUCAAAGGUUUCGAAUGGCAAGGGACAAAUUGCAUUCUACUGCAGCUCCAGACCUGAAGAUGAAACUCAUUAGUCAAAGACAAACAGACGGAAGGUUGUAUAACUUACCAACUACCACUGAAGUUGCUGCCUUGAUUGUUGGUGAUGAACACUCAGCUGAUAAAAGAGAUAUUAUAAUAGAAAAACAAUUCGUACUUCUGAAGAGAAUACAUGAACUUCAUCCGGCAUAUUUGUCUUUGCAAUAUCCACUUUUAUACCCAAAAGGAGAAGAUGGUUACAGACUAAAUAUACCUCACAAAGAUCAUGCCAAUAUACAUGCUGCAAAGAGGAAACAAGUCACAUUGCACGAAUAUUUUUGUUACCGCCUACAGUCAAGAACAAAUGAAGCACAGACUAUACUUCAUUCCAGAAGAUUAUUUCGGCAAUGGAUUGUUGAUGGAUAUUGUAUGAUUGAGUCUCAAAAACUAAACUAUGUCAAAAAACAUCAACAACAACUCAGGGUUGACAAAUACAUCAAUUUAACUGGCUCUAAUGAUCAUUUUGAAACACUUGGUAGGGACAGAGGAAAGAGAAUCAUACUACCAAGUAGUUUUGUUGGUAGUCAAAGAUAUAUGGAGCAACUGUAUUUUGAUGGCAUGGCAAUUUGUGGACAUCUUGGAUUUCCUGACUUAUUCUUAACAAUGACAUGUAAUCCAACAUGGCCAGAAAUACAACGUAAGGUCACACAAUCCAAUCUGACCCCUAAUAAUUGCCCUGAUAUUAUCACACGAGUUUUCAAAAUAAAACUCAAUCAAUUAAUGAAUGACUUAAAACAUGGCAAUAUCUUUGGCAACAUUAUUGGAUGUAAGUAAUAAAAAAUUCUAUGACUUUUUCCCUACUUUCUAAAUUGAUGUUUAUAAUAUCACUGAUGCAAG